UUUAUUUCACCCGUCAUUUUGGACUGAGGAACUGCGCUAAAGAACACUAAAUAAAUGCAGAUUGUAGGAUAUAGGAUUAAUUACAAUUCUUCAUGAAUCGUGAAGUGUAGGCUAGGCUAUUAGAUCGAUUCAAAUACAUUAAUAAUAGACCCUGCCUAUGAAAUAGGUCAGUUAGAUUGUGAAACUUUCAUUUGGCCAUGACCACAUUGCCCCUGAUACGUUCUAUGUUAAAAGAAAGUAGGCAUGUGACUGUGGGUACAAUUAAUGAUUUGAUUUGUGUCAGUGGGUAUAGUUUUCAAGAGUUUCGGCGCCCUUGGCUGGACUCAGAUUACGUACAGCUAUUAAAUCACGCCGUGAGGGACUUCACAUGGGAAUUAAUUACUGUAGAGCGUUCUCCUGGUGACGCAGCUGAGAAACACGAAACUCAAGACUUGCGGAAGAGUUUUAAAAAACGGAACCUGCACUGGGAAUUUGCGCUCCACCAAUACAUACCCCUGACUUUUUCAUAUCAGUCAAGAGAGCCACAGACAGGAAACCACAACGAGGACGGCAUUGGAACUUGCAUCAUGUUGGGUAGGAGCAAGAAACCUCCUACCGCCGCGCACCAUGAACCCAAGGCAGUGGGAUCCCAACCCAAGUCGCAGGACCCAUUUAGGUAGCUGGGUAAGAGAAUAGUGACUGUCAUUGGUAAAACAUAAUAAUAGACCCUACCUAUGAAAUAGAUCAGUGAGAUUGUUAAACUUUAUUUUGGCCAUGACCACAAUGCCCCUGAUAGGCUGCAAUGUUAAAAGAACGGCUAUAGCCAGGCAGACUAUAUGAACAUGUGACUGUGGGUACAAGUGAUUUGUGUUUGUGUCAGUGGGUAUAGUUUUCAAGAGUUUCUGCGCCCUUAGCUGGACUCAGAUUACGCACUGCUAUUAAAUCAUGCUGAGAGGGACUUCACAUGGAAAGGGAAUGAAUUAAUGUAGCGCGCUAUCCUGGUGACGCAACGGAGAAACACACAACUCAAGACUUGCGGAAGAGUUGAAAAACGGCACCUGUACUGGGAAUUUGCGCUCCACCAAUACAUACUCCUGACUUUUUCAUAUCAGUCAAGAGAGCCACAGACAGGAAACUACAACGAGGACGGCAUUGGAACUUGCAUCAUGUUGGGCAGGAGCAAGAAACCUACUGCCGCGCACCAUGAACCCAAGGCAGUGGAAUCCCAACCCAAGGCGCAGGACCCACUUAGGAAACUGGGGGUGCUGGAUGAUGAGGAUGUCCGUGCGAUGAUGCACGGUUCCAACAUGGUGAAGGUACGCUCCCAGAGGUGGCAGAAGAGCCGCAGCCUGCGUCUGCUGGAGGACGGGGUCACCGUGUGGUGUGAGUCCACCAAGAGCUCCCGCAAGGCCAAGGCACAACAGACCUUCUCAGUGACAGAGGUGGAGUGUGUGCGCGAGGGCUGCCAGUCUGAGGCUCUGCGGAGACUAUCCGGGUCGGUACCAGAGAAUCAGUGCUUCACGGUGGUGUUCAGAGGGGCCAGGAAGAGUCUGGACCUCCUCUGCCCCUGUGAGGAGGAGGCGAGGCACUGGGUCCGAGGGAUACGCACGCUGAAGGAGCGUGUGGCAAACAUGACCCAGAAGGAGAAACUGGACCACUGGAUCCGUGGCUACCUGAGACGGGCUGAUGAGAACGACGAUGGGAAGAUGAGUUACGACGAGGUCAAACGCACUGCUGCAAUGAUCAACAUAGACCUGAACGAACAGUACGCGCGCUCGCUAUUCAAGUGAGCACAUACUAAAGCUGACCGGUCGUGUGACGGCCGUCUGGAUCACGUAGAGAUCGAGGAGUUCUGCAGGGAGCUGAUGAGGCGGCCGGAGCUGGACGCGGUGUUCAGACACUACUCUGGUAACGGCUGUGUUCUGUCCACCGCUGAGCUGAGAGACUUCCUGGGAGACCAGGGGGAGGACGCGUCACUGAUCCACGCUCAGAGCCUCAUCCGCACCUACGAGCUCAACGACUGGGCCCAGAAGAACCAGUUCAUGACCCAGAAUGGUUUCACCAUGUACAUGCUGUCCCUGGAGAACGAUGUGUUUAACCCCGACCACGCCAGGGUGCACCAGGACAUGACCAGACCUCUGGCCCACUACUUCAUCUCAUCCUCACACAACACCUACCUCACCAAGGACCAGGUCACCAGCGCCAGCAGCGCCGAGCCAUACAUCAGAGCUCUGAACCAGGGCUGUCGCUGUGUGGAACUGGAUUGUUGGGACGGGGACAAAGGAGAGCCUGUCAUCUACCAUGGACACACCCUUACUUCUAAGGUGCCCUUCAAAGAGGUCAUCGAGACCAUCGCCCAGUAUGCCUUCAAGGCCUCCCCGUACCCCCUGAUCCUGUCCCUUGAGAACCACUGUACGGUGGAGCAGCAGACGGUCAUGGCCAGACACCUGCGCACCAUCCUGGGCAAGAGGCCGCUCACCAAGCCCCUCAACGACCAGACUCUGAAGGACCUGCCCUCUCCUGAAGAGCUUAGGGGUCGUAUCCUGGUGAAGGGGAAGAAGGAUGUUCAUCACCUGAACCAGCUGGGGAAGACCAGCAGCUUUGAUACCAGCUCGGACGACGAGGCAUCAAGCAGCAACAAAAAGGACAAAAAGGACCCUACCAAGGCGGUCUCAUCUAAGCUGAGCCCAGAGCUGUCUGAACUGGUGGUGUACUGUCGAAGUGUCCCCUUCCGCGGGUUCCAACACUCUACCCAGAAACCACCCGAUGAGAUGUCAUCCUUCAGUGAGAAUGACGCCCUCAAACACAUCAAGGACACAGGAAAGCUGUUUGUCAGACAUAACAGCAGGCAGCUGAGCCGGAUCUACCCCUCCGGGCAGCGCCUCCAAUCCUCCAACUACGACCCCCAGGAUAUGUGGAAUGGCGGCUGCUCGAUGGUGGCUCAUUUCCAGACUCCAGGGGAGCAGAUGGAUCUGAACCAGGGUCGUUUCCUGCCUAACGGCCGCUGUGGAUACAUCCUCAAGCCCAGCUUUCUGUGCAGCCCCAGCUCCAACUUCAACCCAGAGAUCACAGGAGGYGGGCCAGGACACAUCCCCACACAGCUCACCAUACGGAUAAUAUCAGCACAGCAGCUCCCUAAGAUCAACACAGACAAGCCCAACUCCAUUGUGGACCCACAGGUGUUGGUGGAAAUUCACGGGGUGGCCAUUGAUAAAUCCAGAGACAAAACCCACCGAAUCGACAACAAUGGUUUUAACCCACGCUGGGACAGCACUUUGAGCUUCCAGCUGCAGGUCCCUGAGCUGGCCCUGGUACGCUUUGUAGUGGAAGACCAUGACCACAAAGCCAAGAACGACUUUGUGGGCCAGUACACCUUGCCCUUCACCAGUCUCCGUACAGGUUACCGCCAUAUCCACUUGCUGAAGGCAGAUGGCUCCAGCCUCUCUCCUUCAACCCUUUUCAUCCAUGUCAAGGUGUCCCGUAAGGGGGUCCCCAUCAAGACUGUGUCUGAGCGCAUGCCCUUGGCUAAGAGCGAGGGCAAAGCAUGACCCCUAUCUACCUGAACUAGUGCCACACUUUUCUGAUAAGUGUAACGGAGGACGGUCUAAAGUUAUACUGUUACAUAAGCCCCAUGCUUAUCUCAUCUUGGGGGGGGGGGAAGUCUCCCUAAUUGGGGUGAAAAGGACAAGCUGCUGCCUGCCUAUGUCCUAGUACUCAUCUCAUACACCCAAUUUAGAAUUGGCAGGACAUAUAAGGCUCCCUGGCCACAGAGAGGAAGACAUCAGUCCUCCUCAGUCAAACCUGGAUGGGAGUCUUGCCUGUUGACGAAUAGUGUUGGCUGGGAGAGAAACUCUCUGGCCUGUUGCUGUUGUGAGAGUAUUCUGUACUCUGUCAUCAGUGCAUUCAGAGUGUUUCCAUAGAGACAUGACUUUGGCGCUGGACCUGUUUUACACCAGAACUCUACCUGGCAGCCGUCUGCCUACUAUGAAGCCAAUAUCGUUUUUUUUUUCUCACUCAAAGCCAGGUUUGUGUCCUGGAGCCUCUGGAGAAGAUCAUGAAGACGUUUCCCAACAUUUUUAACAUAUUUAAUGUUAAGAAGUAUGUAACUUUUUUGCUACUUUUAGCUGAUGUGUGGUGAGCGUUCUGGCACAAAAUGGUCACCGUGCAUCACCCAGGUGGGUGCAGCACAUUGAUGGUGGAUCAGGUGAGUUUCUCCCUACUAUGUAAAGCUCUUUGAGUACCUCAGUUGGUAGAAAAGCACUAUAUAAAUCCAAUCAAUUAUUAUAACUUUUUUACUAUUACAGAAUUUUAUAGAAGCGUUUUAUCAGGGCAAGACUUGUAGUUGAGCUCCUUUUUCCAGGACAACGAUAGUGUUAUAUGACUAAAUGUCAUCGUUAAAUUAAGUCUAGUUGUUGUGGUAUUGGUCUGUCACGCCUGGCAUGACACAGUCCAAAAUACUGAAUGAAUGCCUAAUCUUAGUGACAGAAUGAAUACUUAAUGUUUUUGUAAUGUGUUUGCAACAAAUUGUGUUUGCUGCAAUUGAUGAAACACACUUAUUUCAGUGUGCAAUUUCUGAUAGAAGUUUUUAGAUUAUAUUUAACAUUGUUGUAAAAUGUUCUAUUCUAAUGUAGUUACAGUAUUCUCAUCUAAUUAUCUCAGUAAAAAUGAAUUCAUUUGCAUACUGUAUGUACUUUCUCUGACACUAACUUCCUUUAGCUAAAUAAAAACAGCAUCAAAGUCACAGAGGGUCAAACCAAGACUUAUGCAAUUGACCAUGAUUAUAUUGUAUACAUAUAAUUGAAGUAUUAGCUUUCAUGAAUUUCCAAGGUCAGUUUUCAUUACGAAGCAGUAAUCCACAAUGCACUAGUUGUUAUUGUUACUGGACUUUAUUAUUUGUAUUCUUUCCUCUGGUCCUCUAAAUUUAAAUUCAAAGUCACUUUGAUUUUGAAAAACGGCAAAUGGUUUUGACAGUUUAAAAUACUGCAUUUGCCUUAUUUCAAUGGAAACAGCUGUUAGUAUUCUUUCUUAUAGUUGCUAAGACAGUAUAUUGCUAAGUUGCUAAGACGCACCUCAAUGUCUCUUCAAUUGUGUACUUUGUUGUGACUUAUAUCUGUGGGCAUCAGAUUCAUAUGGGUCAGUGUUAAAUCCAGCCACCGAAUCUGAAAGGUCUCCCAGUCCAUUUAACAACAAAAAACACUUAAAUCCAAACUUUGAAGAUAGUGUAUCUUCAUAGUACUAUAGAAACAAAUAAUUCCCCUGAGCUUCAGGGGCAAUAUUAUCAUUUACAUUAGUAUAGUAAGUGACAUUAGCACAGUAUUUAUUUGGCUGUUUGCUUCAUUCAUCUCACAAACUGGUUUGUAUUGUACUGAAUGAGAAGAGAGUAAUAUUAUUUUAACACUAAGUGUGAAAGCCUAGAGAAGCAUGUUCAGUUUUUAUAAAAACUAUUUUAACCCCA